CUCCAAAUGCAUGACGACGUGUUCAGUAUCCACAUCCCGGGGCCCAUCGACUACUACAACAAAACCCGGUAUAUUGAAGAGGAGGACCGGUGGGAGGAGGAGCCCAUCUACAAGACCAUCAAAAUGGAUCCGAUGGGUCUCGUUUUGGUGGUGUUCUUUGGCAUCAUUCUGGUCAUUCAGUUGAUCGGUAUGUUUAUGCAUCGGUUCGGAACGUUAGCCCAUUUGAUGGCAUUCACGAGCAUUGACUUCUGCACCAAAGAGGACGAGAACGAGGACGAGGAGACUACACUCAACCGGAAUGCCGUCAAAAUCACCAAACAGUUGCAGAAACUGAAGGGAAUCGAAGACUAUGACGACAAGAAUGUGGUCAUCAGUACUAAUAAUCUGCCGAACAAUCGGCAGUCGAUGUGGCGGAAGGAGCCGAAGCCCCAGGAGCUCGACCUCGACGCUGCCUUUCGCAAGAGGAUUAUGAGCUUAAGGCCCGACAGCAUCGAGGCACCGGGUGGUCAGAAAUCCAUACUUAAGAGGACGAGCACUGUUAAUGCGCUCAGACGUCGCAGGGAUACCAUCAUUCAGGAGGAGACCCGACGGAUGAGUAAUAUGAGUGAAAUGAGUAUCGACCAAAACCAGUCCACCUUUGGCUCCAACCAAAGACCCCUUUCCUGGCUCGUGGGUCCACCGAAGAGUCCGUCCGCUGUCAGGAAUCCCAACAUAACGCACAGUCUCAGGGAUUUACCACCAAAUGUCAACCGAUAUGAUUUGAGGCCUUAAUUAACGCUACAAUUAGACCCAAAGUUAUUUAAAUAUAAAUAUUACUUAAUUCAAAAACAG